AUGGGUGCCUGGAAAUCCGAGCCGACAGAGACCGCAAAGAGUGUCAACGGGUUUCUCCUCUGCGGAUCACACAAUAAGGAAGCCAUCCGGACCCGAUAUCAACCCGACGAGAACGAGCCCACCCCGUCCGAAGAUGAUAUCAAUAUUGUCUACGACAUCGUGACUGUCCGGGCCGUCACGCACCUCAUGCUGGAUGGCGCUUAUCAAGAAUUGAGGGCAUUGAAGCAGCAGAGCACCCACGAAACCGCCGACUUCAUCCGCUCAACGAUCUCGACGUUCCUCUGCACCCAACGCAAAGGCCAGGGCGAGCAGGCAACCUACCAACUAUUCGCGGACCUGCUGGAGGUCACCAACGAGGCAACCAUCCAGGCCUUCGGCGAUGAGCUGGCAAAGGGAACGUACUACGAGUGCAACAACGUCUGCCACGCCCUCUCGAACCUCAAGAAUGCGGGCACGAUUGACACGAAUAUGGAGUUGACUAUCCGGAAAUGGGUGGCCAAGGAGGUCAAAGGGAGUGUGUUCAUGACUUACUUCGGGCGGGUGGAUGAUACCCCCGCGUUUGCUGCCAAGGCUAGAAACUGGGAGGCCGUCAACAAUAUCCUCGGUACCCGUGUUGAGGGUGAUAAUGCUGCUGAUGCACUUGCUUAUGCUACUGAGUGA